AGAAAUAAAGAAGAUCGGAAGCAAGAAGAGAAGGACACUAGUUUGCAAAUCAUUAAUAAAAAAAUUAAAAAACCAGGAAAACCAACAAUAAUAAUAGCAAUUUGGCAGUGGGAGUAGCCGAGAGUAGCAGUGGGUGCUUGCUUGCUUGCUUUGCUCUUGUCAGGGAAUGGGGAAUAAAUGUAAAGGGGAUGGACAAAAUGGGAAACACAGUCCCUCUCAAAAGCUACAAAAGACCUGGACAUGCUUUUGAGACUUUCAUCCAUUUUAGACUCUCUAGUGGAAAUCAUUUUGACUCACGCCACUGUUUCUGUUUUUUCUUCUUCGACCUUCUUUCCUUCUCCACUUACCUGAACAAUUUUACCGGUCUCUCUUUUUCUCUGUUUUUUUUUCCCCUCUCUGGUAAGCAACAUCAGAGCUACUGUAUAGUUCUGUUUUUCUUGUUUUCUGGGUUCUUCUUCUUUGUGUGUGCGUUUGUUUUACCGAGGAAGGAAAAUCUUAGAACCCGCUGCAACCCAUUUCUUGUCGUGCAAUUUCUUAGCAUCCAAACUUGGUGACUUCGUUGUCAAGCCCUUGAUUUUUGUUUGGGUGUCUGCUUCUUUGUUUUUACAUGUCUUUUGAAAGCAUAAGUGGAACUUUUCUGGUCCUUUUUCUAGUCUAUUUAUUGGGAUUUGAUAUUUUGUGCUUUUUUGUUAUAUAGUUUUGUUUUAGACUGUGGAUUAAACAUUUAUUCAGAGUAUUGUGGAUUUUGAUUCUGCUUCAUGUCGUCUCCUCUUUUUGGUUGCCCAGAAAAGUAGAGGAAAGUGAAAUAGGUAGAAAUUCAAAGUUCUGUAUUUUCUUCUCCCUUAGAUCCUGCUGUACAGCAGGAGAAAUUAAAAAAAAAAAAAAAAGACACAGAAAAGAAAGCAAACCCAUAUAAUCAAAGUUGGCUGAGAUGAUAGUUUUUUACAAAAGAAUAAAAGAAAUAAGCAUUCUAUUAUUCUGUUUUUCUUCUUCGAAAUUUCUCGGCCAACAAACAGAGCGGUGUUUUCUUCUUUUUCAUCACUGUUUGUGGUGUUAUUUUGUUAUCAGUCUCAUCAUUACUGUAAUAUACUUAUAAGGCAUGUUGACUCUAAAGGGGUCUCUUCAGUUUUUGUCCAUCCAUCAGUUUUGUCUCUGAAUCGAGUUGGGUUAUUAUCAACUGUUUGAACACUUGUUAUUGUAUUGUAAUUCUUGAUGUUACUGCCUACAUGUUGUUUGUAUUAUUGCUUUUUUUACACACAGCAUUUGCUAUUCUUUGACUAUCAAAAAAUUAGAAGUGAAUUUGGCUUUUGGCUACAAGUGGUAAGGCUUUCUAUUUGUGAAUUUUGUUAGGCUUUUGCACUUUCUGCAUACUGUCUGCAAUUCUUGUUCUCUGCUGAUGGAAUCUUGGCGCUACUCUGCUGAAGGUAAAGGCCUUCUGUUCUCAGAUGAAAUAGAUUUAUCAGUUGAUUCAUUUGGGAGAAGUAGAAAAGCAUUCACCGGAUGGGAUGGGGAUUCUGUUGAGAACAUGGAGUUUAUAGAUUUGGGUUUCUCUGAAAUGCCCAGAAAGCCAUUUAAUGGUAGUAACACGGGUAUGGGGAUACUUGGUGGCGGUGAAGCCGGUAUCGAUUCUAGUAAAAUAGAAUUUUCUUCUCCCAGUCAUAUAAUUGCUUCAAAUUCAUCGUUGGAAUCUGGGUCGAAUCGUUCAAAUUCUCUCAUGGAAUCUAAUAGUCAGGAUUCAUCACUAAUUGAUUUAAAGCUAGGGAGGUUGGCUGAUGGCAAAGAAGCACAAAAUAGCAAGUUUUUGGAAGAGAGAUCGGUGGUAUCUUCAGCAAGCCCAACUUUUCAGGCAAAGAAAACUCGAACAAUGAGUUCACGCUCUCAGACUCCCUUUUGCCAGGUAUAUGGUUGUCACAAGGAUCUCAGCUCCUUAAAGGAUUACCACAAGAGGCAUAAAGUUUGUGAAGUACACUCAAAGACUCCUAAAGUUAUAGUUAAUGGCGUUGAGCAAAGGUUUUGUCAGCAGUGCAGCAGGUUUCAUUUGCUGGAUGAAUUCGAUGAUGGUAAACGUAGUUGUCGUAAGCGCCUAGCAGGCCACAACGAACGCAGAAGGAAACCUCAGUUUGGUUCUCUCUCUGGUAGACCCCAUAAGUUGCUGCAGCCAUACCAAGGAACCAAAAUUUUGGGUACUUCCUUGCCGAAGAGAGCAUCUUUUCUUUUCCCAAACAUACUUCCUGGUGGUAUUCUUUAUCAAGAGAGAUAUGAACAGACCAACUGCUGCAGGCCUGCUAAAUUGGAAGAGAAAUCAAAUUACUGUACAAAUGGGCAGUUACUCCCAAAGUCUUUUCUCCAUCUACAUGCCAAUGGGAUCCAAAACACAUCUGGAAUUUCUCCAUCUGCAACUGAAGACUUAACUGUUUUUAAUACUACAUCAGCUCUUCAUGAGUUAUCUGGGUUGUCUCAUUCCAGUUGUGCUCUCUCUCUUCUGUCAGCCGAAUCACAGGACUUGGGCCAUUCGGCAGGAAUUUUAAUGGCUAGGCCCUUCAUCAGUCAAGCCAGGGGUGUUUCUGACAAACUUUUGGGAGUAGAAUCUUCGGAGAAGUACGUGCCAAAUGUAUUACAUUCAUCUGGAAUGAAUCCCAUUAAAGCAAACCAUAUGGGAUCCUUCACGGUUUCUUGUGCUGGUUAUUCAGCUGACCUUCAUGUUGAACCAGAUAGUUUUCUUCAAGAGUCAGACUUUUUGAAUGCCAAAUAUUGCGUUUCUGCUGAAAAUGAAUCUACUGUGGAUUUGCUUCAAUUGUCUUCACAUCUUCACAGGGUGGAGCAACAAAGGAAUUCUGUGCAAGUGAAGCAUGAAAUUGAGGAAUUUUCCAGUUUCCUUACCACAUAUGGGCCAUGAAGGAACAAGGGUCAAAGGAGCUAGUUGAAGCUAUGAUACAUGCCAAACAUCAUAUGUGUAAACUAACUUCAUUGAUGCAAUAGACGGAAGGCUGGUAGACUUUAGAUAAGUGGAAACUUAAGAUAAAAUUUCUUGUACAUUCCUUUACUUAUAGGUAUAGGACAGAAUUUAGUAGUAUAACUACUCUAAGUUCAUGUAAGUUUGAUACUGUUUCUUUCUUUGGAUAUGUCUAUUUUGCGCAUAAAUGCAAUUGCUGAUCAGAUUAAAUCA